AUGCAUCACAAAGGAGGGUAUUUUAAGGGGACCUUCAAGAAUAUAGGAGUUUUCUGGAAGAGGUCACCAAACACCAGAGGGGCCUCAACCCCGCAGGUGUCAAGGCUCUUGACAGCGUUGCAGAAGGAAUUCCAGGACAAAUCAGAAUAUAAUGAAAGUAGGAUUUAUUACAAAGCAAAAAACAAAAACAAACCAGAACAAAACAAAACAAAGCGGAGUGCAAGCCUACUCAAGAAAGACAGGAGGGGGACAAAGGGCGGGCAGGUUGGUGGGAAGGGGGAGGGGCGCUGCCGGGCCAGGCCUGGGGAUGCCCCCCGGCUAGCCUCGGUCUCCCAACCCUCACCUGCUGCAGCCGCUCGCGGGCGCCCGUGCCGCUCUCGCCGCAGAGGCGCAGAUGAUGAAGGCCCAGUGAGGCACCAAGGGAAGGUCACUGUCAAGAUUGACUGCAAGGAGCUACGGAAGAGCCUAAGAAAGGAGGGCAUCCUGUACCAGCUCACGCGCCUCUAUGACUGCCAGGAAGAAAAGAUCCUAGAACUUGAGAUUGACGUGGAUGAGUUACUCUGCCUGGAGAGUGACGAUGCCUGGGCUGCCAGGGUCGAGGAGCUGCGGGGUGACUGUUACAAACACACAGAAGCCUUCAUCUCUGGCCUGCUGGACAAGAUCCGGGGAAUGCAGAAGCUAAGCGCACCCCAGAAGAAGUGAGGGUCCCCGACCCAGGCGAACGGUGGCUCUCACAGGACAAUUGCUGCCCCGCUCCCCCACCCCCCCCCUCCGUAGCAACAGUAAUACCGGGGGACCCCGUGGCCAGGCCUGGUGCCAUGAGCAGCGCUCCUGUUUCCCCUGGCCCAGGUGUCUCUUCCCCUGCCCUCUCUGUUUUCCACUUUUAGGUUUUGUUUGUUUGAGACAGAGUCUUGCUCUGUCGCCAGUCGCCAGGCUGGACUUCAGUGGUGCAAUCUCGGCUCACUACAACCUCCGCCUCUCGGGUUCAAGCAAUUCUCCUGCCUCAGCCUCCCUAGUAGCUGGGAUUACAGGCAUGCGCCACCACACCCAGCUAAUUUUUCUUUUUUAGUAGAGAUGGAGUUUCACCAUGUUGGUCAGGAUGGUCUGAAUCUCUUGACCUCAUGAUCCGCCUGCCUCAGCCUCCCAAAGUGUUGGGAUUACAGGCGUGAGCCACUUCGCCCGGCCACUUUUGGGGUUUUUUUAAAUUGUUAUUAAACUGAUGGGACUUUUCAUAUUGACUGCGGACCUUUUAAUAAAGCUAGGAUACACAUGUGGUGCAGCUAAAAAAAAAAAAAAAAAGGCCAGACAUGCAACAGGGUUUGGGGUCUUUUUCUCUCUUUUCUUUCUUUCUUUUUUUUUUUUCCCAAAUCACACUGGGAGAUUUUUAUUAACUUAAAUUGACAUUCUUAAUUUUGUCUACGAGUCCUUGAUAAAUAUGUCUUUAUUUGAAACAAACCUACAGGUGUUUCUUACUACCACAGAAUCAAAAAGACUUGCGGUUAUCAGUGUUUCUAAUUAUUAAAACAAUGUUUACAUAAUUACAGUUACUUCAUCAAAAUACUUAGAAUAAUAUUCUGAGGAGUUUGAAAGCUCUGUUUAUAAAUAGUGAUUGAUACAUUUAUUAUGCAUUUGGUGCUGAAAAUAAACACUUUAUAUAAAACAUUGUUUUAACAUACUGCUCUACUAAUGAGGCUAGUUAUUGAAUAUACUGUAUUUUAACACUAAAGAAUAAAGCUUUAUCUUCAUAUUUAUUUUAUUUAUAUUUUAUUUAUAGGACUCUUAUCAAUGAAGAACUUUGUAUCCAACAAUAAUAAACUGGCAUAUUGUAAGUUA